AUGUCCGAGAAAUUGUUUGAAGAGCUUAUUACCAAGAUCCCCAAGAGUAAACAAGCUGAUGAAUGGAUCCUAGAAACAUUUAAAAAAUCAAAAAAACUAUGCAGUGUGGAAAAUUUUGCUAUUUUCUAUUUCAAUCUCAUAAAAUCACAAACUGAUGAUUUCAUCAAAAACAAUACUUCCACAUGCAACACUCCGAGGAAGAAUACCAUUUCAGGAACAAUAGAGAACAAUCCUGAUUUAAUUUUUCAAGAUGUUAUGUUUGAAAGAAAUGUAAUAGAGAAAUCGAAUCCGAAUAGAUCAAAAAUCGGAGAUGUGAGCAACAAUGAAAGUCAGAAAAACAAGAAACAAUCAUCUCGAGAAUUGUUUUGUAAUAAUCAGAUGAGUAAUUCUUUUACAAAACGAAGGAAGUCAAGACAGCAGGAAAGUCCUUCAAACCAUUUUGAAGGGAACCAAUGUUUGGAUUCUUCAACGCCAAGGUCGACUUCCUUGUCAAAAUCAGCCAAUCGUUUUAAUGAUUGCACUCCAAUCAACACGAGCACACCACAAAGCUCUAGAAAUUCAAAACAUGCAUUGUCACUUAUCGAUAAUAGUUCAACUCAUUUGAAUAAUUCUUCAAAAAACAGCUUAGAUCUUAGUAGCAGAAACAAUUCAACAAAUCGUCGUAACACAAGCUCUUCUUCUUUAUGCUUCGGUGACUUCUUCAAUGCAUCUACAGUGUCUAAUUCAGGCAAAGGAAAUAAAAAGAAAUUGAAUGAUUCACAAAGCAGUCAAGAACAAACACCGAAAUUCUCUCAAUGUGACUUUCCAUCACUUGGCAGUGAAUCUCAACAAGAAGUAAAAGUUUCAAUCAAGGAGAAAGAGAAGCCAAAGAAACGAGUCGUGCCAAUGACAGUAUCAAGCAAAAGUCCAGGUGGUUCCACAACAUUCAUCUCAUCUUCGUUUCAAAGUGAAAAUAAUCUUUUGAAUGUCAUGACAGUCGAAUUGGAAAAAGAUGGAAAUUUAUUCAAUGACAGAAACUUGCUUCGUUCUCAACGCGACGAAAUAACGAAAGAUUUUAAUAACAUUGAUGUGACGCCGCAAAAAAACCUUCACUCGAUUGUCCGAGAGAGUCUUGCUUCGGUUUCAAACACACCAAAGAGCUUACGAAAGGCUUCAUUUCAAUAUGACGAAAUAAAAGUUGAAAGGCCAGACUUAUUGUCAUCGAUGGCAAAACUUUAUUCGUUUCUACUCGAUUUAAAUUUGUUGCCUAAUAUCUUGAAUGAAUUUUCUUAUCUUUUUAAUCUCCUUAACAUCGAGCAAGAACCAUCAGAACAGCGAAAUGUUCAAUCACAAAGUCUUUCAUUCACAGAUAUCACAAUAAGUCUUUUAAAGAAAUUAGACAAUUGCAUUUAUUUCACUUCAUGCGUUCUUAAUUAUCAAAAGCAAACAAUUGCACUGCUUGAUGUUAUGACAAUUCGUGUUCUCAUUGAAAAUGAAAAGAUUCGAAUGAUUACAAAGGAGCUUUAUGAAUUUUUAAGAAUCAUUCUUCAACGUAAAUCUCAACUCGACAUAUCAACAACACAAAAGCUUAACAAGCAAAGUGGAAAUAAUUUUAAUCAAGUUGUGUUCUAUCAACAUGAAACUGACAAUCGUGACAACUUUCCAUCAGAAAAGGAAUUUAGUGCAUUUAAGAAACAACGUGACAUGUUUUAUUCGAUUCUCAGGACAUGGGAAUUGAUGCAUUUAAACAGCAAUUGGGAUUUUAAGAAGAAUUUAGGAUUAAAAAUUCGAUCACUAAUCAUUUUAAUGGAACAUCCAAUCAACAUGGCACAUUUAGCGAAACUCUUCACAGCACAGCUGAUAAUUUCGUGUAAUUUUGAUAAUUCUGCUAAUGAACUUCAAAUGGUCCUUCCAAAUAUUGAUUUGGGAAAGUUAUCAAAGUUGAGACAACGUUUAGUCGCUCCAAGUGUCUUCAGCACUCAAUAUUUGUUUCCUGGUAAUCAAGCUUUCUUUCGUGACUUCAUCAAUUGUUGUGAUCAGCACAUGAUGUUCAUGGAACAAUUGAAAGUUUCUCUUAUCAGCGAACUAAUGGAACUUAAUGAUUCAUCAAUGGAUGCAGUUUCAAUCACAGCAAAUGAUGAGAGAAAUGAUUCAUUAAAUGGUGAAGACGAAUUUAUUGUUAGACCUGAAACGAUGACAACGAUGAGAAUUCUUGCAAAGUUUGUUGGAUUUUUAGUGUCACGUCCUUACACUUUUGAUGGUUAUCGAAAUGUUUUGGUUGAUCAAAAGCAACUUCAAGUUAGGAAUUUGCUUCAUCCAGAUUUUGAUGUUAAGCAAAUUGUUUUGAAGUCGAUGAAUGGUCAUAAACUAUUAGUGACAAUUCCAUGGCUUGUUGAAUAUCUUGCAAUGCUUGAUUUCAUAACAAUUCGUUUAGAAUAUUAUCGCGAGACUUUUCAAAUUCUUUACUCGAUUUAUUUGAGAGUCAAUACGAUGAUUGAUAGCAAUUCUUUGUGUAAAUUGCCAACAUCACGAUUUAUCAUCAGGAUAUGUCUUGGAUGGCUUUUUGAUCAUCCGGAAAUACCUCAAGAAUAUUUUCUUGUCGAAAAUCAAAAGCAAUCAACACUUGGACGUCUGCAAAUGAAUGAAAAGUCUUCAACAACUUCGAAGAUUGACAACAUUGAUCACUUAAAUCCACAUCUUGAAGCAAUUUUAAAUGUCGCUUGUCCCUUUCUUGCUGAUUUUCGUGUGUCUAUGAUGCCUCAAAGAAUAACGAGAGCAGUUUCAAGAACUGGUCGUUAUCGACACAUCACAACAAAAAUUCAAGAAAAAUCUUUUGUUGAAAAAACGAAAUCGCAAGAUAACCGUGAGCGAUUAAUUGAAGCAUUUUUGGGUUCACAAACCUUGUCAAUGAAGAAAAUUAUCGAGUUUACAAUUGAUCGUGUAACAUCAGCUGUAGUUAAAGACUUUCAAGUAAAAUGUUUGAUUGGCAUGAAGAAAGCAGCAAGAUUAGAGGCGGAAAAACUUGUACAAUCAUCACAAAAUCACGAUGUCUUGAUGAAGAAAAUGAUUGAAGUUUAUCAACAACAUUUAAAAAUGUUGCAAGAUCUUUGGAUGGAAGAGACAAAGAAGAAUUGCGUGACGAGAACUCAAGGAGUUUUAAAUGCUCUUCUUCCGAUUGAAGUAUUGGAUGAUGUUAAGACAACUCUUUUCAACAUUACACUCGAAAGAACGAGUGAAAAGAUUGAAGAUUGGCGAUCAACGAACAUCAAGUCGAUUGAAAUCUUCUCGAAAGACAUUCAAGCAGAUGCUACAAAAAUGAUGGAAAAUCAUCAAUCAAACGUUAACGGGAACACUAGAACGAUGAGUAAUGUCGUUAUUGACAUAUCAGCGAAGACAAUGCCUGCGGAGUUUUUUGAGAUUCUUCAAACAUUGCUGCACAAGACAAGCCGACAUCCUGAAAAAGUUGACUUCAAUGACAUAUUGCAAUGUGUUGAAGCAGCGAGUGAUGUUCUCGAUAAGCAAAUUUUACCUAUAAAUGCUUAUCGUAACAUUGGCUUUUAUAUCCUCCAACUUGUACUUCUCUUAAUUGUUAAUCGAUGUGAAUUUGUUACAAAGGAAUUGUUAGGAAAAAUUUAUAUUUUAUGGCGCCAUGAAAAAUUGAUGACAUUCACAAAUCUCAAAUUUCAACAAACACUUGGAAAGCAAAAUCAUAUGAAAUGUAAAGUUGAGAAUUUUAUUUUCUCAAAUGUCAUCAGUUCAAGUUUUCUGGUGACGAUGCAGAUGAAAAAUCGCAGGAAUUUUCAAUGUUAUGCUGAAUUCUUGGUUGAUUUAGUCAAGGAAAAGUUCAUCACAACUGAGAUUAUCAACGAACAAAGCAUUCAACUUUAUAAACAUGAAUGGACGCAACAAAGCUUACAUGAUAUUGCUUUCUUUAUUGAUUACAUUAAAAGUUCACUGCCUGCAUCAUCAUCCGCUGAAUCACAACUUUUUAUGGAACUAGUCGUUGAUCUAGCAAGAGAUAUGGAAAAGUUUUGA